UGUUGAGCUACCCACCUGAACCAUGACUGGCCGCGGCAAGGGAGGCAAGGGACUCGGAAAGGGAGGCGCCAAGCGUCACCGCAAGGUUCUUCGGGACAACAUCCAGGGCAUCACCAAGCCGGCCAUCCGUCGUCUGGCGCGCCGUGGCGGUGUGAAGCGCAUCUCCGGGCUCAUCUACGAAGAGACCCGUGGUGUGCUCAAGGUGUUCCUGGAGAACGUCAUCAGGGAUGCCGUCACCUACACUGAGCACGCCAAGCGCAAGACCGUCACCGCCAUGGACGUGGUGUACGCCCUCAAACGCCAGGGCCGCACCCUGUACGGCUUCGGUGGUUAAUGCCGCUGCCUGAGCGAGCCCGACCUAACCCACCCACCCCGGACCUCUUUGAGGUCCACAUUCUUAUUCACUAAGAGAAUAGUAGCACACAUUUUACUUCAGUUACAUUUCCUUUUUUUCUUUCUUUCUUUCUUUCUUUCUUUCUUUCUUUCUUUCUUUCUUUCUUUCUUUCUGUUUCCUCCCUCCCUCCCUCCCUCCCCCCUGCCUAAUGAUGGUUCACACCUCCGCCCACUGCUCCCCAUCCACCUCAUUUGACACUAGUUUGUUUGUUUCCUCAAUCCCA